CCAGUUUCACUUGGGUUAUUAUAGAGAUGACCCUGCAGAAAUGCCAGCUUUUGUAGCAGCUAAUUCAGCUAAAGAAAAUGGUAACAUAGUAUUUCGAGGACAGAAUUUGUUUGCUUCAUUAAAAUAUUUUCUAGAAGAGAAAAUUAAAUCAAAAGAUGUGAGUUCUGACUUGAAAAAGAAAACAGAAAGUUUAUUAAAGAGAUUUCUAGAAUAUGCAGAGGAGCAUGGGAUGGACUUGGAUUAUAAAAGUCAGGUUACUAAAAAUAGAGACAAGAAGGUUGUAUGUAAAACGUUACAUGGAGCAGGUAUAGUUGUACCAGUAGAUGAGAACGAAGUGGGCUAUAGACCAGUACCUGAAACCCCAGCUGAUUUGAGGAAAAUGUUGAGAAAAAUAGCAGAGAGUAAAACUGAUAAAGAAAGAGAUAAGAACUUUGAACCUCUACAAGAAUUAAUAACAUAUAUACAGUUUGCUAAUGAUGAGUGUGACUACGGUGAGGGACUAGAACUAGGAUUAGAUUUAUUCACACAUGGUGGAAGUGUCUUCCAUACCACUAUUUUAUCUUUAUUACCGCUAGCCUAUCAGUUACUACGAAGAGAUGAAUAUUCAAAAAUUAUUGAAGCUCAUAUAAAAAAACGAAGACAUAUAGCAGAUUUAAGUGAACUGGUUUAAUGUCCAUGUUUCGGUGCUGAUUUUUUUGAUUGAGCAGAAGACUAUUUGCGAACAUUAAAUAUAAAUUCAUAAAUUGAGUUUCAAUAAUUUUUAAUCUGGUUAAAACACAGAUCCUAUUACGUUUCGUUUUUAUAGUUCAAAAUUUUGUUUUACUUGUCUGUACUACACUAGGAUCUGGAGGAGAUGUUAUCAUUGACGUGUUCUGGAUGAUUUGAGGGAUUAGCCAAUGAAACGGUCUGUUACGGCGAGUUCUAGGCCUUUUUAUGCACGGAUCUGAGGGUAAACCACUAGAAACGUCAACGCUGAUUGAUUAAUCAAUGUCUGACAUCAUAUGGUCAAAAGCCGCUCGUUAGACCCCUGAAGUAAACUCCCACUGUAACUUGUCAGAUCUUCAUGUAGUGUAGGCCAUCGAAAGUAUAAAAAAAACGGAACGAAAUAUAGAUUUGUAUUUUAAUCAGAUUGAAUAAUUUGUUAAUUUGCUAAAUUAUGCCAUCUCAAAAAGUUAAUGUAAUCUAAUCUUUUUAAUAUGUUCAUUUGCUAAAUCAUUACUCCCCAGAAAGUUCAUGUCUAUUAAUUUUUAAGUAAGUCGUACAUCAGUGCAUCUCAGAAGGUUAAUUGUUGUCUAUGAAUUUGUUACAUUCAUAUAAUCUAUUAAUUUUUAAGUAAGUCGUACAUCAGUGCAUCUCAGAAGGUUAAUUCUUAUCUAUGAAUUUGUUACAUUCAUAUCAUCUAUUAAUUUGUUAAUUAAAUUGUUAAUUUGAUAAAACACUGCAUCCACAGAAUGUUCACACAACCUAUUAAAUUGUUUAUUUGUUACAUCAUUGCAUCCACAGAAGAUUUUUUAAUUGUUAAUUUGAUAAAACAUUGCAUCCACAGAAAUUUCAUGUAAUCUAUUAAUUUGUAAUCAUUUCACCCCAGAAAGUUCAUGCCAUCUAUUAAUUUGUUAAUUUGAUUCAUCAUUUCAACCCAGAAAGUUCAUAUAUUCUAUAUAUUUGUUAAUUUGAUAGAUCAUUGCAUCACCAAGAUUUGUGUAAUCUGUUAAAUUGUUGAUUCGAUAAACAGCCUUCAAAUAUCCCUAUAAUCAUUUAAUUUGGUAAUUUGAUAGAUCAUUACAUCACCAAGAUUUGUGUAAUCAUUUAAUUUGUUGCAUCACCAAGAUUUGUGUAAUCAUUUAAUUUGUUAAUUUAAUACAUUGUUACAUCCCAGAAAGUUAAUGUAAUCUUUAUAAUGUAUUUGUAUUUCAUUGUCCAUUUAAACUUAAAUGUAACAUUGUAAGGUUAUAAAAUUGACAUGUACUGAUAUAAAUGCUGUUAACAUCAAUCUAUUUUACACAACCGUAUUAACAUUGAUAAAAGGCACUUUAAUUGUCAAAGUUGGGGUCAGAAUCGGCACCAUGACAUCCACUAUGAACAGAAUGGGAUCAAGUGAAGAUCCAUUAAUGUUUGCCUUCAUAAUUAUUAGUCUAAUUAUUAGUGAAUUAUGAAAUUGAUUUAAUAUUUACAUAAUUUAGAUUUUAAUAAUGAGUUGCAUUCACAUAAAUAAUGUUACUGUCAUUGUGUAUUUCCUUGUUUCUUUAAAUAAAAAAUGGCAGCUUAUCAGCAUAAACUGAAAA